CGGGUUCGACCCUCUGAUUGGCCUGUUCGGUGUCAGUCAAACUUAUAAAAUGAGUUUCACUUUUGAUCGAAGGCUCCAAAGAUGUCAUCGCAGGAAAAAGAUGAAGAUGUGGUUGUUCUAAAUGUGGAGUGGUCAAGGGGUGAUCCACCACUCAAACUUGAGCUGCAUCUAGAGCGACUUCUCCAGGCUUGGUUCAACAGAAACAGUUUGGGGGAAGACUGCACGGUUUUAAGUGCCUCAACAGACAGAGUUGUAAUGAAGAUUACUCCUGCCCCAGUCCUGCAUACGCUUCAGAAACUGAGAGGACAAACACUGACCAGCAAAGAUUGGAGAGCAGCAGUCAGAAUAAUGUCUGUUAGUCUGAGCUUUCAACAGCCGAAACAAAUACAAGAUGAUGCUUCAAUGGAGUUUCCUCCUUCAUUCGCGGAACAAAGUAGUAACGCGUUUACAUGUAAUUGUAAUAUCCCAAUGCACCAUUUCUGGUAUGUGAACCAGGCCUACAAGCAAGAAAUUAAACAUAUAGAGAAAAAGACUGGAGUUAAAAUCCUAGCAGAAGUGAAGCUGACAUUUGAAGCAGACCAGAAAGAUGGAAGUCCAAACUAUGCUUUCUCUGAGUUCAUUAACCUUGUCCAGAAGUGCUCAGUGGAAUCCAGGGGCUUCACUUUUCCUCUCAAGAAAGUGAAUCCAGAAGAGUGGAAUGACACACUAAAUAUCAUCCAGAGACCUGAGAACAAGCUUUUGCUUUCCGUAUCCUCUGAAGGAAUGACCGUAUGUGGGCCAAGACAAAGUCAAGAUGCCAUCAGAAAGUCCUUAACUCCGUCAACAAAUACCAGCCCUUCUGUUGGAGAGUCUACGUGGGCGUCUCAAGACACACCACUGAACAUUGGCAUGAGCAUCAAAGACCCUCUCGCCAAUGCUGGACUAACCAUGGAGGAGAGCUCCUGGAAGCUGAUGACUACUUCUUUCAAUGAGCAAGUAACUAAGAUCAAAACUAAGUUUGGUGUGGACUUUAAAGAAUCAGGCAUAAGUCCAGGCAAAGUCAAAGUCAAAGCUUGCUACAACAAAUCUGGAGGAAAUGCUUCAAUGGAGAGUCACGCUGUCCGAGCUCUUCUUCACCUGUAUCAGAAGAGUGCCACAUCGCCCAUGAGCUUCAGUCCAGGCAAAGUCAAAGCACGCUACCAAAAAUCUGGAGGAAACAUGUCAAUGAUGAGCCAUCAGUUCCAAAAGAGUGCCGCAUCACCCAUGAGCUUCACACAAUACCAGGGCGCCACUGGGUUCACUGACUCGUUGUCAGAGGCCGCCUCCGAUGGACCCGUGUUGAAUGGACAAUCAGGAUACAACACUGAGGCACCAACAGGGGGAGCAACAGCAGAUGAAGAAACAUGUCCUAUAUGCAUGGAGCCAUUUACCAAAAAGAAACAGCUCAAGUGUAAACAUGAGUUUUGUGAGGAAUGCCUGGCCCAGUCAAAGGAAGCCAUGGGACCCACCUGUCCUGUAUGCAGAGAUGUCUUUGGUAUGAUGGAGGGAGACCAGCCAGAUGGACACAUGACAUGGAAGUCACAUUACUCAUCCCUUCCUGGAUUCUCAGGCUGCGGCACUAUAACCAUCAACUAUGACAUUUCAAGUGGAAAACAGACGGAAAAGCAUCCAAAUCCUGGAAAGUACUAUUUUGGUAUUAGCAGAACAGCAUAUCUGCCAGACAAUAAAGAGGGCAGAGAAGUGCUGUUCCUGUUGAAGAAAGCGUUUAACCAGAAGCUCAUUUUCACUGUUGGAACGUCCAGAACGUCUGGGAUGGACAACCAGGUGACCUGGAACGACAUUUACCACAAGACCAACACGACAGGAGGACCAGAAUGGUACAGUAGCCAAAUCUCUUUUAUAUACACUACCGGUCAAAAGUUUGGGGUCACUUCCAAAUUUCCAUUCCACUCCAUUAUAGACAGAAUACCAGCUGAGAUCAGUUGCAAUGUUUUUUUUUUA